AUGAGAUCAAUAACUUUUGGUCCAACCAGCUAUUUUGAGUCGAGUCUCAACAGAAAUGAAGAUGAAAAUGAAGAGGAUAUCCAAAAUAAUUAGCAUACUUCAUAAGAAAGGAUCUAAUCGUAGGGUCAUGUUAGUUCCUCCUCUCAGACAACACAAAGAUCUAACGAGGUAGUGUUUUAUUCAUGUGACAAUCUAAUAAGAGAAAGUUUGGUUGCUUACAGAUAUAAAGUUCUUCAUAAAAAAUUGAGAAGUACCAAUGCUAAGAUAGAUUAGAAAGCCCUGCACUAUAGAGGUGUAUCAUCAUGGCUAGCCUUAGAAACAAGACACUAAUUCAUUGAAACUGGCAUACUCAGAAAUGCUAGAGAAAGGAGUGAAAAAUUUAAGGUUAUGUUAUCAAACUAGAUGAAAGAGACCAUUGAAAGUAAAAUAGAAAUAAAAAACGACGAGAUAAGUCCAGAGGUCUAUAAACUUUUGAUUCAAUGGAUUUAUGUUGGAGAAUGUGAACUUCCUGAGCAAGUAUAAGAAUUAAUAUAACUGCUGAAACUGACUGAUGAAUAUCUGCUCCCUGAUUUGUAGAAAGUAUGUGAAGAGUAAAUAGUAGACCAUAUGGAUUGCUAAAGUGCGGUAGACAUCCUCACAAAUACUUAGAUGGUUUUUCCUGAAGUAUGUGAUGCUCCCAUUAGAGAUGCAGCUAAGACAGUGUUAUUGGAUGACUAUGAUAAGAUAGAGGAAAUUUAUCCUGAUAUUGAGGAGAGAAUUUCUAAAGUGAAGGGUUUAAUGUCAGAAAUAUUUUAACAUAAAAGAAAGCGAAAGACAUCCCAUCGAAAAAGGAAAGGAUCAGUUCUGGGUGAAGACUCUCAUAAAAAGAAGGUGAGAUUCAACAUAUCAAACACUAUAUAUGAAGAGGCUUCGGCUAUCCAUGAUGAAAGUGACUCGCUAAUAGAACCUCUGAGUAUUUAUAGCAACAGCUCUCCCCCAGGAGAAUUAAACGAUGAUAUCAUGGUCAGCUCUACUCAUUCUAGUCUUCAUGCUCUAAGUUACGAAAGAAGACACAGCGGCUCACAUGCUAACUCUUAGUAAUUAAGUUCUUUGAUCACAGGGUCAAAUCAUGCCCAUCGUAAUCGUCCUCACAUUGGUAAUCUCAGCUCAGAGUAAAGAAGGUCUCAUGAAAUAAGCAAUGAAGUUUAGAUGCCUACUAGGGUAGUGAUGUCUCCAACAUCUACAAGAGGUUUAAGGCCUGGGAGUGCUGGAAGAAAUGAUAAUAAUAAUCUUUAAACAUUUAGGAGCAAUUCAACAACUGUCCUGAUGAACAAUGAUACAGAUAAUCAAACUAAUUAGCCUCAACGAACUUAGACACAGUAGAGUCUGUUUGGAAGAAACAAUAGUGAUCGCUUUAACUCUUUAAUCUGA